AAGGUAAAGGAACUGAUCAGAGUGCGCGCACUUCCUCCUCGCCCCCACCCAGACCCAGAAGGCGGCAUCAUGGCGGCGCCCCCGCUGGCGCCCCCGCCGCAGCCCGUCACCCACCUCAUCUUUGACAUGGACGGACUUCUUCUGGAUACUGAACGGCUGUAUUCAGUGGUGUUUCAAGAAAUAUGUGAUCGCUAUGACAAGAAAUACAGCUGGGAUGUAAAGUCCCUGGUUAUGGGUAGGAAGGCAUUAGAGGCGGCACAGAUUAUAAUAGACGUCUUGCAGCUCCCGAUGUCCAAAGAGGAGCUGCUAGAAGAAAGCCGAAAGAAGUUAAAGGAUGUGUUCCCCACGGCUGCGCUCAUGCCAGGGGCUGAGAAACUCAUCAUCCACCUGCGGAAACACGGCAUCCCCUUUGCGCUGGCCACCAGCUCGGGAUCCGCGUCGUUCGAGAUGAAGACGAGCCGCCACAAGGAGUUCUUCAGCUUGUUUUCCCACAUUGUGCUGGGAGAUGACCCCGAAGUGCUGCAUGGCAAGCCAGACCCCGACAUCUUCCUAGCUUGUGCCAAGAGGUUCUCUCCCCCUCCUGCUAUGGAGAAGUGCCUUGUCUUUGAAGAUGCUCCCAACGGGGUGGAGGCGGCCCUGGCAGCUGGGAUGCAGGUGGUCAUGGUUCCUGACGGAAACUUGAGCCGAGACCUGACGACAAAGGCCACCCUGGUGCUGAAUUCCCCGCAGAACUUCCAGCCCGAGCUGUUUGGUUUGCCCCCCUAUGAGUGAGAGGGAGGGCCUCAGUCUUCCGCCCCCAGCCCACUCUCAUGGUCCACACUGCUGGGGGAAAGGGAAAGGAAAUCAGCAACUCUUCAAUCCCAACCUGCGUCAUGAUUUUAGCCUGCUGAGAUUGGAGUUUCCAUCCCAUGUUGGUUUGUCCCAGUCUAACAUGUUGAUAAAAUGUGAUUUGACGGUUGAGACAAAAAAUACAGUAGAGACAGAAACGAAGCCCAGAACAAAGAUGAAACUUGAAUUAUCAUCUCGGAAAUCAAGCUGAUGGAGUAUGUGACAAAGUGAAUGUACACGUAUACACACACGCACCUCCAUAUAUACAUGUGUGUAUCAGUUUGGUAAUAUGCAGGUAGGCAUUACAUGCAUAUGUAUGUAGAUAUAUGCCUGCAUGUAUAUGUAAAAUAUAUACUUUUCCAAGACAAAAUGGCACAUCACUUCUCUCUUAUUCUAGUUUUUCUGAACACUGGCUGGGAAAUGUAAACUGUAUGCAUAUAAGUAUAUGCUUUAUGUAUGCAUAUGUAUGUAGAUAUGUUUAUAUCUAUCAUCUGCAUCAGUCUCCUCAGUGUUGAUGUUAACAUGCAGUGACAACUGAUAAAGCGAGAUGGUAGUUCUGCCUGGUUUGCAGUCUGAGUGGGAAAGUCCUGUUUUUGGUGAGCACUCCUUGUUAGCUAACAUUUAAAUUCUUUUUGUGACCUCAGAAUGUCUCUGGAUCUUUCCUCAUUGACUGACUGAGCCACAUCAUCCAUAGUUUAUUGUUAGUAUGAACACAACUGCAACAUUUACCUGGUAUCUACAUCCUUACCUACAUUGGAGAAUGUUUUCUACCUCAGAACAACCAUUCGCCUCCUUUAAGAACACUGAUGGGCUACACGUUUUGGAUAGAAACAGAAUUUGAUUUAAGAAUGUAUGCUUGGUGAGUCUGAGUGCCCAGGAACACUUUUGGAAUAAUUUAUCAGACAUUGAACUUCUGUGAUUAAUCGCUUUUAUAGAUUUACUUAGUCUUUAAAAUUCGUCUGUGAUUUGCCAGAGAAAAACGGUGGUAGCCAUGGAAAUCGAGAGUGAAGGAGCACCACUCCGUUGUGGCUCAGCCCUUCCUAGUGGCCUCUGCCCUUUGAUGUCCUUGAGCUACUCUUCAGCUCUGGAAGUUGUGGACAAACCGUAGGAAUACAUGUGUGUGUGUGGUGGAGUGAUUGUGAAUGACAGGCCCUGGCGAUUGAUUGAUGUUGCAUCAAUUUAGCAAAUUCAUUUCCUCAUUCUUGAUGGCCUGAAUAUAUGUCUGCACUUUUAAUGCUCCUUUUAACCAGUUGUAACGUCUUACCAUUUCCUUAACAAAUUGAAUUAGUUUAAUAAAAUCUUUUGACACACACACACACACACACACACAAAGAAACUGAUUAGAAGGCUAUUUAUGUUCAGACAAAAGAGGUUGAGGAAAUGAGCUAAGGCAGCAUUCUCAACCUUGAUGCCACUGACAUUUUGGGCUGCAUAAUUCUUUGCCGCA